UUUCCCUCUUCACUCUCUCCCCCCAAAUUUUUUUCCCUCCGCUUUCUCCCACCACCACUGUUCAGCUCCAGCCACCACGAAGCAGUGCCGACGCCCAACCAACGCCCACCAUCUGGUAAAUCUCCCUGUUUGUCUUUUAGAUCUGUUUUUUUUUUCCACCCUCUCCCACCACCACCGUUCAGCUCCAGCCACCACGAAGCAGUGCUGACGCCCACCAUCCGUUUCGGCUGGCGACAUCCAUCCUAGGACUAUGAUGAUGAAAAUAGUUGCUAGAUGUGGAAUAAAUGUCCACCACCUAGCAGAAAAUAGGUUGAUGAUAGAGAUUGAGGAUGGGAAGAUAACAAGGAAGCCGAAACGGCAAGCAAAAAAUAUGUCCGUAAAAAAGAAACUUCUAAAAGAGUUUGGCUGCCAUGAGUUUAGCUGUCAUAUCUGUCGGAAGGUUAACAGAGAGCUCAUGGAGUUGAUUGAAUCACUACAAGGCAGAGUUAUAGAGGAAAAUGUUGAGGAGCCGAGCGAAGAAACAGAUGGCAGCCAUGAUAAGCUGGAUGAAAUUGCUGAUAAUGUAGAAAUUUGCGAAGAGCAUUAAAUCGUAUUAUCCCCAAUUUGCCUGUUUUCUCAAAACUUAAUAUACACUCAUUUGUAUUUAUAUUUGUGUUGUUUGGAUUGAAAAUUGACAAUCCCGAUAAUCUGAAUUGUGUAAAAUUGAGAUU